UAGAUAGUAUUCUUCUUCUCCUUCUAUCCCUCCUAACUACCACCAGACCAGAUACCCCUCCAUACAGAAUCUCCAAAUUGGUGGAAGAGAGAGAGAGAGAGAAGAAGAAGAAGAAGAAGAAUAGAAACAAAACUUCGAGCAGGCCGUGGCAGAGGAGGAGGAGGAGGAGGAGGAGGAGAAGCUCUCCCAACUUGGCGCUCGUCCCCUCCAUUAAUGGCGCCAUCUCCUCGAGACGAAGACGACGACCAAACGCACCACCAAAUCACCACCCCGCUCCUCCAUUCCGAUCCCGCCGCUCCCUCUUCCUCCUUCUCGACUCCUCCAUGGCCGCCUGCUGAUGGUGCGGAGGAGGAGAAGGAGAAGGAGAAGGAGGAAGAAGAGAACUCUCCGAUCGAGCAGGUGGCGCUGACGGUGCCGAUGUGGGUGCUGGGGACGGCGUCGUGCGCGGUGCUGUCGUUCCUGAACCAGUUCUUCUGGUACCGCAAGGAGCCGCUGUCGAUCACGUCGGUGUCGGCGCAGAUCGCGGUGGUGCCACUGGGCCACCUGAUGGCGUCGGCGCUCCCCCGGCGCGCCUUCUUCCGGGGCACGCCCUGGGAGUUCUGCCUCAACCCGGGGCCCUUCAACGUCAAGGAGCACGUCCUCAUCACCAUCUUCGCCAACUCCGGCGCCGGCACCGUCUACGCCAUCCACGUCAUCACCGCCGUCAGGGUCUUCUACCGCCAGCACAUCUCCUUCUUCGUCUCCCUCCUCGUCGUCCUCACCACCCAGGUUUUAGGGUUUGGGUGGGCGGGGAUUUUCCGGCGGUAUCUGGUCGAGCCGGCGGCGAUGUGGUGGCCGUACAAUCUGGUCCAGGUAUCCCUGUUCAGGGCACUCCAUGAGAAAGAAGAGCGGCCAAAAGGCAGCCUGACUCGCAACCAGUUCUUCAUGGUGGCCUUCAUCUGCAGCUUCGCCUACUACGUGUUCCCUGGCUACUUAUUCCAGAUGCUCACCUCCCUCUCUUGGAUCUGUUGGAUCUUUCCCCAGUCCGUCCUAGCCCAACAACUUGGCUCGGGGCUACGCGGGCUCGGGAUUGGCGCGAUCGGACUCGACUGGUCCACCAUCUCCUCCUACCUAGGCAGCCCACUCGCCAGCCCAUGGUUUGCCACUGCUAAUAUAGCAGUCGGGUUCGUAUUCAUAAUGUACGUCAUUACCCCCAUUGCAUACUGGCUCAACGUUUACAAAGCGAAGACUUUUCCCAUCUUCUCCGACGGUCUUUUUACUUCCGCCGGACAGAAGUACAAUAUCUCAAGCAUUAUAGACUCCGAUUUCCACCUGGAUGUAAAGGCUUACGAGAAGAACGGACCUCUCUAUUUGAGCACCUUCUUUGCGAUGACUUAUGGUGUCGGGUUCGCCUCGCUAACGGCAACUAUUAGCCAUGUCCUCCUCUUCCACGGAAGAGAAAUAUGGCAACUGAGCAAGUCGGCAUUUCAAGAAAAGAAGAUGGAUGUGCAUACAAGGCUCAUGAGCAGAUAUAAGCAGGUUCCAGAGUGGUGGUUCAUAUGUAUCCUUAUAGUCAACAUAGCAGUCACCAUCUUCGCGUGCGAGUACUAUGUCGACCAACUACAGUUGCCAUGGUGGGGCGUAUUGCUUGCCUGUGCACUAGCCAUUUUCUUUACUCUCCCCAUUGGAAUCAUCACAGCAACCACCAACCAGACUCCUGGCUUAAACAUCAUCACGGAAUACAUUAUGGGUUAUCUGUACCCAGGACGCCCUGUUGCAAACAUGUGCUUCAAAGUAUAUGGGUACAUUAGCAUGCAACAGGCAUUGACAUUUUUGCAAGACUUCAAGCUGGGGCACUACAUGAAGAUCCCACCAAGAACUAUGUUCAUGGCUCAGGUGGUGGGAACCCUGAUUGCAGCAUUUGUGUACCUUGGAACAGCUUGGUGGCUCAUGGAGACAAUCCCCAACAUCUGCAACACCGAGCUCCUCCAAUCUGACAGCCCAUGGACAUGCCCUGGCGACCAUGUGUUCUACGAUGCCUCGGUCAUAUGGGGCCUCAUAAGCCCCCGCAGGAUCUUUGGCGACCUAGGCAGCUACUCAGCCGUCAACUGGUUCUUCCUUGCAGGGGCCAUCGCCCCUCUCCUUGUCUGGUUCGCCCACAAAGCCUUCCCUGGUCAGGAGUGGAUACAAUUGAUCAACAUGCCCGUGAUGAUUGGUGCUACAGGCCAGAUGCCCCCAGCUACCGCUGUCAACUAUACUACCUGGAUAUUAGUGGGCUUCCUUUCAGGCUAUGUUGUUUAUAAAUACCGGCGAGAUUGGUGGCAACGACAUAAUUAUGUACUUUCUGGCGCUUUAGAUGCGGGGUUGGCGUUCAUGGCAGUGUUGCUUUAUCUUUGCUUGGGUUUGGAGAAUAUUAGUCUCAAAUGGUGGGGCAAUGACUUGGAUGGGUGUCCUCUGGCUUCUUGCCCCACCGAAAAGGGCAUUGUUGUAGAGGGAUGUCCCCUUUCGUGGUGAUGCUGAACUGCCAUGCGCCUGAAGAGUACUAGCAGAAUAGAGUAAUCAUUUGUUUGUAGAAAUGCAGAACAGAAUGAAAGUAUGUUAGCAAUUGUUUGAAAUUUCUUAAGAAACGGGAAAUCUAUAUUUGGUUUUCUACCUGGUUUUAAAA